AAAUAAAUCACAUCAAAAUUGUUAAAAUAAUCUCAUAAUAACAUAAAUAUUUGACUAGACUUCUCAUUAAUUGAUAAAGCCCUCCUUUUUGCACGAUUCAAACUGUCAAAGUUGACAAUUUAAUGAUAGCAUAUCUUGAAGAUAUCAAAGAGAAACGGAACAACUUUUAACACAUCGCUUGGAAAAAAAAUUGUAAAUAAAAAAUUAGCUAUUGAAUAAAAAAUUAAGAGCGGACGUUGCGAUGAUCGUCAAUGAUGGAAUUAUUGGAAACCCAUUAAUGGAUGUUUUCGACGUCGACGAUGAAGUUUCAUUAGAGAGGAAAUCCUCUUCUUUAUUAUUUACCCUUAAACACCUGGCUAGAUAACAAAGGGAAAAAUUUCGUGGUAAAAUAACUUGAAUUUAAAUGUGGAACGGUUUAAACGGGUCUAAAAUGACGAUAACAUUCGAAAAAGUUUAUUGGUUACCGAUUGUGGUGUUUAUUUGGUUCCCUGUAACUUUUAUAAUAACUUACAUUAUUGCUGUUAUAACAGAAGAUGUCCCCCCAAUUUGGCCUUACAUAAGCGAUACAGGUACUUUUCCACCUGAAGCUUGCAUUUUUGGACAAUUAUUAAACACAGGAUCAAUUUUAAUGGCAAUGGUAAUUUAUUUAAGAUAUCGCCAAGUUGCAGAAAUUUCAGCGAUUAAAUCAAUCGAAACCGUAACAAAUUUAAAUUUAUACUCUCUCUGGUUGGGGUUAAUCGCUUCCUUUGGUAUCAGCAUAGUUGGAAAUUUCCAAGAAACCAACGUCUUUUCACUUCACUUAAUCGGAGCAGGGAUGGCUUUCGGACUUGGAGCAAUUUACGAAAUUUUACAAGUCAUCGUCUCUUUGAGGAUAUUUCCUCAUUUAGGUUCAAAACAGAUCAACACGAUCAGAAUAUUUUUAGCGACUCUUUGCACGAUUUGUAUGAAUUUAACCUUCAUUUUUGCUGCAAUUUCCUUUUUAAAAUUCAACGGAACGGACAUAACAAAAUGGACUAAAGAGUACAACGGCUAUAUCGAACAUCUUUGUAGUUCAAUUAACGAGUGGAUUACAGCGAUUGGCACGAUGGGAUUUAUUUUAACUUACACAAAUGAGUUUAAACAAAUUAAGGUGGUCGAACCUGAAUUGCAACUUUUUAAAAGUGAAACACAUUCGAACGAAGUGGAAAGAUACUAAAUAAAACUUAAUAAUAAUAUAACGUUUAAUGAUUAAGGGAAUUCCCAAUUUUUAUUUUUUACAAAGCCACUCUUAUUAAUAAGUAAAUUUAAGUGUGAUUUUUUUUUAAUUUAAUUCUAAGAAGACUUAAAUUUGUCCUCGAGCUAAAAGAGGAGAGCAAACAGUUUGUAAAUUAAACGAAGUAAAAAAAAGCAACCUUGUAAACCUUGAAGAUGCUAAAAGUAUAUAAGAACGGGUUUAUUCGGGUUUAAUUUACUUGGUUUGUUGAUGUUUAGAGUUGAAGAAAGAAAUAUGUAUCUCUUCGUGUUCUUAACACUUUUAGGUUGCUCUUUGGCAGCCCCUUCUGAAACGAAAUCGCCAUGUUUGGAGAAAUUCGAAUACACCCCAUCAGGAUUACCUGGAAAAGUAACUGGCACUUUAAAUCUCCUCACUGAUUACAAAUUAUACGGAGCUUGGGUUCGAUUAAUGUUCGAUUCCCCCGUUAAGACAAUUAAAGUCGAGGGAGAUGUUUUACAACAAGCUAUUUACGAUAAAGAUUCUCCAUCGAACGAAGUUUUAUUGAAAAACCGUGAUUUUAUCAUUAAUAAAAAUGUUCCGGUUAAAAUACCCAUCGUGAUUGCUUACGAGGGGGAUCAGGCACCGAAUUUGAUCGGUUAUCGAUUGAAUGGAAGAGAUAUUUGCCCUGGAUUAGAAUAAGACUUAAUCAUUAAAACAAAAUUGCAAAGUUGGUUGCAAAAAUAAGAAAUAUAAUAACUAUAUUAACGUUU